AUGUCUUCUUCUUCUCUUCCCUUUCAAUUGUUGCAAACAAAUCAUCAAAACCCUCCAAUUAAGGCAUGGAAAUCUCUUCUCUUCCCCACCAACAAACCCAUUGAUCUCCUCUUACUCUUCCUCAAAGCUGGCCUCAUCCUCUCUACCUUCUUCCUUGUCUCCCUCCUUUUCUUCCUCUCCCACUCUUAUCAUCACACACUAUUCCAACAUUCCCUUCAACUCUCAGUCCCACACGGCUCAUAUGCAUUUAAUAAACAAAAAUCAACCAAUAUCUCCCAUAUUGUGUUUGGUAUCGGUAGUUCCGUCGAGACUUGGCAGAACCGCUACCAUUACAAUGAACUCUGGUGGCAACCUAAUGUUACCAGAGGCUUUGUAUGGCUGGAACAGGAGAUUCCAACUAAUCAGUCAUGGCCGGAGACCUCAAUACCAUAUAAGGUUUCCGGCAACACAUCAUCAUUCAAAUACACAUGCCCAUUUGGUUCGCGGUCCGUGAUUCGAAUAACGCGCAUUGUGAAGGAGAUCUUCGAGAUAGGGUUACCAAACGUCAGGUGGUUUGUCAUGGGAGAUGAUGACACAAUGUUCUUCACGGAGAACUUGGUUAAUGUGCUAGCAAAAUAUGAUCACAAUGAGAUGUACUAUAUUGGUGGCAAUUCAGAGAGUGUGGAACAGAACUUGAUACACUCCUUUGCCAUGGCUUAUGGUGGCGGCGGAUUCGCCGUCAGCUAUCCUUUGGCGGCAGAGCUGGUGAAGAUUUUAGACAGAUGCAUUGACCGUUACGCUAUAUUCUAUGGCUCUGAUCAAAAGAUUCAAGCAUGCAUAAGUGAGAUUGGUGUUCAAGUUACAAAGGAACUUGGUUUUCAUCAGGUUGAUAUACGUGGAAACUUGUAUGGGUUACUGGCGGCGCACCCGGUUGCGCCACUAGUGUCACUGCACCACCUUGACUACGUGGAGUCAAUGUUUCCAAACACGACCCGGGUCGACUCCGUAAAAAAAUUGGUAUCAGCUUAUAAAACGGAUCCGGGUCGGACCCUCCAGCAGAGCAUAUGCUAUGACCUGCGGCGGAAUUGGUCAGUCUCAGUGUCAUGGGGUUACAGUGUGGAGCUGUAUUCUACUUUGGUGAUGGCGAAUGAGCUUGAGACACCGUUUAGGACUUUCAAAACGUGGCGGAGCUGGAGCAACGACCCGUUCACGUUCAACACCCGACCCAUGAGUCCCGACCCGUGUGUGAGGCCUCUUGUUUUUUUCCUGGAUCGGGUUGAGAAUGUGGGUGAGAGGGGACACACCCGAUCCGCGUAUAAAAGAUACGACGACGAUUCAAGGGAGAACGUUGAGUGCGUUUUGCCGGCCUUAGAUGUUCAAUUUGUCAACGUCUCUGCCCCACACUUUAAGCCAGAAUUGUGGAAAAAGGCGCCACGUAGACAAUGCUGCAACGUAAUCGAAGGAGGAGAUGAAGCGAGCAAUGUGGUCCAAAUCGAAAUCAGAAGUUGUCAUCGUUUUGAGAGUGCGACUCCUCCGUAG